ACUGACUGACUGAGCCCCACUUGGCCUCUUGUGUGUGAACAGUCCAGGUGCUGCACCUUUAAGGCCGUGGCUGUUGCCAUAAAACCUAAUCUGGUCUCUUAUAGUCCUAUGGUGUACCCCUGUCAGAUAAGAGACACCCGUCCGUGUGUACACACAGACACACACACACACACAGACACACCAAGAGCCUCUCAGAGCUCUACCGUCACCAACUCUGAAAACAACAAACCAUCUCUGAGGGGAAGAAACCUUGAGCAGAACCCCAUCAAGUGGGGGCUCAUCUAUAAGGGUCCAACCAGACAGAAUGACUGGACUACAGUUAUAACGUGCCAUCAGGUCACCAAAGUAAAGAUGUCUGGAUUGGAUAUGUCAUUUCCCAUACUGGAGAUCUUUGUUCCCCUCAUCUGCUUUUGUGUGGUCAUCCUGUGCUGCAACACCUCGUGUCGAGCCCUGCAGCGCGCCCGUGAGGAGCGCAGUCGGAUGCAGACCGCUCGCGAGGCCGACAGCUCGUCUGUCUACAUCAUCCCGUAUCCCCCCUCCGUGCCCGACGAUGACCUCUACCGGCCUCCUCGCUACAGCCAAGUCAGAAGCCUCAGCCCACCACCGCCCGCUUAUCAUGAGCUGGAAAUGAAGCCAGAGCUCUUCAUGGCACCAGACGCGCCCCCUCCUCCCUACACUCCCCCUUUCCCUGAGCCUCCAUCUCCAUCUUCUGCCGCAGGCUCGUAAAGGACGAGUCUCAGUGAUGGGAAGGCCAGAGCAGAGAAGAAAUCAGAGAACAUGGACUACUAUUUGGGCCACAGUGCCAUGUGUUGCCUGGGCAUGAAGACUCAAAGGUUAAAGACUUUAGUCCCGGGCACAAAGACUGGAAACUGGCAGAAGCUGGUGAACGGGGGGAAAAAAGCUGACUCAUCUUGGACUGAUGAUGGAAUGUGGAGCAUUCCGGAGGAAAGAUGGAUGACGCAGUGACUAAAGGAGAGGCCUGUUUAGUAAUUACAGCGUCCCAGAACAAAACGUAUGUUUGAGGCAUGGCAAGAUGAAAUUGAGAAGAGUCCCCAAAUAAGAAUAGUUUACAAUAUGGCUUGUCCACAACAUACAAAGAAUCACAUCAGGAAUGUUUUUUUUUUCUUUGAGAAUUUGUAAAUUAUUUAAAAUUCAUAAGAUAUAUUUAUGUUUUGAAUGUAUACACACAAGUCUUUUCCCUCAAGCGAGUCGGCCACAAUACAUUGUCAUAUUUUCCAUUCCUCAAAAGCAACAAUCACAUUUUGGCAGCACUGGCAGUAAAAAUCCAUGUUUCCAGCGGUACACAAUGUUUUUAGCAUUGGGAGAAGUCAGGUGACAUUCACAACGCUCGAUCACAACUUUUAUGUCUUCGUCUUAGUUAACUAGCGUGAUAAGGCUAGUUACACAUUAUCGGGAGAAGCUUGUAAAAGUCCUUUUCUGUAAAACAGCAUUUAGAUGGGAAAGUUGCCUCACUUCUCACAAAUCUCGAUUAUGAGCUACAUGGUCAAAGUCCUUGUCAGUGCACACAGGGUAUUGUAAAUGACGCCUCAACCUGGUAUUGGCUAAUGGACCAAACUGUUAUCAGUAGUUGAUAACAGUUGUCGAUUCAAUUUUAAAAGCUCAUGAACUUUUCACACCACCCCAACAGGAAAGGUUUUUAGUGGUUGUGUGUUCACUUAAAUUCCCUUAAUUGUUACUGUAAUAUUAAUAUCAAAAUGUAAUCAGAGUAUUAUUGUCAACAGAAAUAUCAGCAUCAGGGAUGAUGUCAUAAAACUUUAAAGCACAUUGCUAUAAGACCGGGGUGUAUAAUUUGAGUCAUCUAUGAUGGCCUCUCAAAAAGGAUAUUUCCAUAUGUAUUCCGAGAGCACUGGAACCAGAACGUAUGAUUUUUUUAUAUAUAAGUAGGUUAUACACUGAUGUUUCUGUUAUGCGUUCUUGCACAUAACUGUUUUUAUUUCAUUCUAUUCUAGUGCCAUCCCUGAGUAUAUCUCUGUGUGACCAUGUCUUUACAGAAAAGGGAUAUCUCCACCUACAUUUAAACAUUGGAUCAAUAGUGUAAUGUACCACUUAACACUUGAACAAAUUUGUUGUUAUAUACAGGGUAAUAUCAAUUUGUAGUAUCUGGCAACCUGUUUUUACACCAGUGAACUCUAGUGACAUUGUAUGAUGUGAGUAUUAUUGUCCUCAUCCCCUUUUUUAAAUUUUCUUUAUUCAUGUUUCUUUAGUUAUGUGUCUAUUUUCUGUUAUAUAAUGUGUUAAUCUGUAUGUUGUGAGUUGUUAUGUGUUGUUAAAUGUGAAAACACAAUAAAAGACUUUGAUUAAAAGAGAAAA